GGGCUGCAGUGACAGCAGUCAGAGGAGACACUGAGCAAGGCUGAGCUCUGGAGGGGGCUGCACAAUACAUCGCCACUGCCUAGGAUCAGCAGGAGACAAGCCAGCUACAGGACCCUCCUCUAAGCAUUGCAUCGCCUAACUAUUAUGAUUGAGAGUUGAUGAAAAUUUGGAGAACUUUUGUGGGAUCUUCAGGAUCCAGAGCAAGGGAGGAGAGUCAUCAGAAUCAUCCAGCAGGUUGCUUGAUGCUGGAAAAAUGGUACAGUUAUCGCAUUCCUUUGGCCUGCUUCCAUUUUUUCUCUGCCGAUGGUUUGGCGUGUCAUUGUCACUGAAUCUUGAGGAUCCCAAUGUGUGCAGUCACUGGGAAAGCUACUCUGUUACUGUUCAGGAGUCCUAUGCACAUCCAUUUGAUCAAGUCUACUACACCAGCUGCACAGAUAUACUAAACUGGUUCAAAUGCACUAGGCACAGAAUAAGCUAUAGAACUGCAUAUAGGCGUGGAGAAAAAACUAUGUACAGACGCAAGUCCCAGUGCUGUCCGGGAUUUUAUGAAAGCAAGGAUGUGUGUGUCCCUCACUGUGCUGAUAAAUGUGUCCACGGCCGCUGCAUAGCUCCUAACACCUGUCAGUGCGAGCCGGGAUGGGGAGGACCCAACUGCUCCAGUGCUUGUGAUGUUGACCAUUGGGGCCCACACUGCAGUAGUCGGUGUCAGUGUAAAAAUGGCGCACUGUGCAAUCCCAUUACAGGAGCGUGUCACUGUGCUUCUGGCUUCAAGGGCUGGCGCUGCGAGGCUCUCUGUAAUCCAGGCACGUAUGGAAAUGACUGCCAACAAAAGUGUCAGUGUCAAAAUGGAGCAACUUGUGAUCAUGUAACUGGAGAGUGCCGAUGUCCUCCUGGAUACACCGGUGCAUUCUGUGAGGACCUUUGCCCGCCGGGUAAGCAUGGCCCUCAGUGUGAAGAGAGAUGCCCGUGUCAGAAUGGCGGAGUUUGCCACCACGUCACUGGAGAAUGCUCAUGUCCUGCGGGAUGGAUGGGCACAGUUUGUGGCCAGCCUUGCCCCGAGGGUCGUUACGGCAGGAACUGUACUCAGGAGUGCCAAUGCCACAAUGGAGGGACAUGCGACUUUGCCACAGGCCAAUGUCAUUGCAGCCCUGGAUACAAUGGUGAAAGAUGUCAAGAUGAAUGUCCAGUUGGGAUGUACGGAGCGAACUGCGCAGAGACAUGCCAAUGUGUUAAUGGCGGUAAAUGUUACCACAUCAGCGGAGCGUGUCUUUGUGAGCCGGGCUAUACAGGGAUAUACUGUGAAACACGGCUGUGCUCAGAAGGUCUCUAUGGGAUGAAGUGUGAUAAAAAGUGUCCGUGUCAUGUAAAGACCACGCAAAGCUGUCAUCCAAUGUCUGGAGAAUGUUCCUGUAAGCCUGGCUGGUCUGGACUCUACUGUAAUGAGACUUGUUCUCCCGGCUUCUAUGGCGAAUCCUGUCAGCAGAUCUGCAGCUGCCAAAAUGGUGCAGACUGUGACAGUGUGACUGGGAAAUGCAUCUGCGCCCCGGGCUUUACGGGUGAAUACUGUUCUAUACCUUGUCCAGCCGGUACAUAUGGCAGUAACUGCUCGUCUGUUUGUAACUGUAAGAACAAUGCUGUGUGUUCUCCUGUGGAUGGCUCAUGUACUUGUAAAGCAGGUUGGUAUGGAGUGGAUUGCUCCAUUAACUGCCCUCGAGGGAGCUGGGGUCUUGGAUGUAAUCUCACCUGCCAGUGUCAGAAUGGAGGAGCCUGCAAUGCUCUGAAUGGAAGCUGCACAUGUGCUCCUGGCUGGAGAGGUGUAAACUGUGGACUCCCAUGCCAGGAUGGCACCUAUGGAAUGAACUGCUCCGAACGUUGUGACUGUAGCCAUGCUGAUGGCUGUCAUGCAGCCACAGGGUACUGCCGUUGCCUGGCAGGGUGGGCAGGCAUGCACUGUGACAGCGUGUGCACUGGGGGACACUGGGGACCAAACUGUUCACUGUCCUGCAACUGCAAGAACGGGGCCUCCUGCUCACCAGAUGAGGGCAUCUGUGAAUGUGCACCCGGGUACAGAGGGCCAACAUGCCAAAGAAUUUGUUCGCCAGGCUUCUUUGGACAUCGGUGUAGCCAAGCUUGUCCACAGUGUGUCCACAGCAAUGGUCCGUGCCAUCAUGUGACCGGCCAGUGUGACUGCCUUGCUGGCUUCAUGGGCUCACUCUGCAAUGAAGUUUGUCCCAGCGGCCGGUUUGGGAAGAAUUGUGCUGGCAUAUGUACAUGCACUAACAAUGGCACCUGUAACCCCAUAGAUGGCUCUUGCCAGUGCUACCCUGGAUGGAUUGGUAGUGAUUGCUCCCAACCCUGCCCUCCUGGACACUGGGGCCCCAACUGUAUUCAUACCUGUAACUGCCAUAACGGAGCAUACUGCAGUGCAUAUGAUGGAGAGUGCAAGUGUUCCCCCGGAUGGACUGGGCUCUACUGUACUCAGAGGUGCCCAUUAGGUUAUUUUGGAAAAGAAUGCUCCUUGGUAUGCCAGUGUCAGAAUGGCGCAGACUGUGACCACAUAAGUGGACAAUGUACAUGUCGUACAGGAUUCAUGGGAAAACACUGUGAACAGAAGUGUCCGCCAGGAACCUAUGGGUAUGGCUGUCGGCAAGUGUGCGAUUGUCUUAACAACUCCACAUGUGACCACAUCACUGGAACUUGCUACUGUAAUCCAGGCUGGAAGGGUACAAGAUGUGAUCAAGCUGUAAUGAUAAUUGUCGGGAAUUUGAACAGCCUGACCCGCACUAGUGCAGCGAUCCCUGCUGACACCUACCAGAUUGGGGCCAUUGCUGGCAUAAUUAUCCUCGUCCUGGUCGUCCUCUUCCUGCUAGCGCUCUUCAUCAUCUAUAGAAACAAACAGAAGGACAAAAAGACAACUAUGCCAGCUGUAAGCUACACCCCCACCGUCCGAGUCCUCAGCACAGACUACACCAUCUCAGAUACCCUUCCGCACACCAAUGGGGGAAAUCCGAACAGUCAGUACUUUUCAAACCCGAGUUACCACACACUGAGCCAGUGCACAACCGGUCCACAUAUCAACAGUAUGGACAGGAUGAUGGUUUCCAAGUCUAAAAGCAGCCAGUUUUUUGUGAACCUGAAGGGCCUGGAUCCAGGAAAGCGAUCGCACACUAUAGAUUACACGGGUACUCUGCCAGCAGACUGGAAACAAGCAGGAUAUCUCAAUGAGCAUGGUCUACUGAAAAGCUCUGCAUAUAGCAUAAGCAGCUGUUCACUGAGCAGCACUGAAAACCCGUAUGCCACCAUCAAGGAUCCGCCAGCUCUUCUGCCCAAACACACAGAGUGCGGCUACGUAGAGAUGAAGUCACCAGUGCGGAGGGACUCUGCUUACGCAGAGAUAAGUAACGGCAGCUUGGCCAAUAAAAAUGUGUAUGAAGUUGAACCCACAGGCAACGCAGCGCAAGGAGGAUUCAACAACAACUGUAAAGCCAGCCAAGAUCUCUAUGACCUUCCAAAGAACAGCCACAUUCCAUGCCACUAUGACCUUCUCCCUGUCCGGGACAGCACGUUACCUACUAAGCAAGACACAAGCAGUGAAUGACAGCAACAAUCAGUCAAACAGCAGUGUACAGGUGGAAUUGUAUUUGAGCUGCUGAUUCUUGGGACUGAUGCCCUAUGUGACUACGGUCAUCUGCAUGAAGUGGAAACAUGGCCAAGCAAUAGACAAAGACUUGAUAAUAAGGGGGCAGCAUGGAGAACGUUCUUCCUUCAACUGAGAUUCAAGGGCUGUGGAUUGAACUCUUUUUCUCAUUCUAUGCUCUGUGACAUUUGUCAGGAUAUUUCCAGUUAGUGAGAAAUUGUACAUACCACUAACAGAUUUUUACAGAUGGAAG